AGACGGAUGGGGGAGGACGGAGCUCCAAGACUGAGCGUUUUGACGCGCUGAGAAGGAGGACAGAGCGUCACAUCUCUCCAAACGCCCAUCAAACUUUCGGUAGAAAGGAGUCAAUGCUGCAGAAGAGGCCCAUCCGAGAACAUAUGCUGAUUAUUAUAAUUUUUUUGGACAUGCAAAGCGAUGGAGAGACUUUUGACGAUGAAUUUUGGUGCAGUUUGACCUCAUUGUGAUUCCCCUCUGAAAGCACCUUAUCCAGUUUCCCCAUCCUUUCAGCGACCGAGCGAGGGAUGGAGCAAGCACCCAGCGCGCCGAGUCCUCCUCCAAAACCAGUCAACCACGAACCCAUCAGCUUCGGCAUCGAUCAGAUUCUGGGAGCCGGAUCGGAGCCAGAGAACGGGAACACACCGGGGAGACAGAGUGGAUCGGAUUUAAGCAACGGUGACGCCUAUUAUAGCUUGGGAAACCCGAGCGGUGCCAAUGCGCCCUCAUACACAGCGCUGUCAAUCUCCCUCUCUGGGAUCAUGCCUCCAGCGGAGGCUUCAGCUUCAUACGGAGAGAACAGGAGUUUGGGCAGCCGGGGUGUGAUACGAGUCCCCGCUCAUAGACCAAUUACGGCCCCUGGACCCGCGGCACCUGUGCAGAGCGCAGUUCCUGGGUUUGGAGGGCUGUGCUUCCCUUGGAUAGGAAACAGGUUCGCCAAGGACAGAAUAUCAGCGGCUUUGGUGCCUUUUGCAGUCACUCGGCGAAUAGGUCACCCCUACCAGAACCGAACCCCACCUAAGCGGAAAAAGCCCAGAACCUCCUUCUCCAGAGUCCAAAUUUGCGAACUGGAAAAGCGCUUUCACCGGCAGAAGUACCUGGCCAGCGCCGAGCGCGCAGCUCUGGCCAAAAGUCUGAAGAUGACCGACGCGCAGGUCAAAACCUGGUUCCAGAACCGCAGAACCAAGUGGAGGAGGCAAACAGCCGAGGAGCGGGAGGCGGAGCGCCAACAAGCCAAUCGCCUCAUCCUGCAGCUGCAGCAGUCCGCCCUCCAGAAAUCCCUGAGCGAAUCGGCGGUGUCGGAUCCACUAUGCGCCCACAACUCCUCCCUGUACGCUCUGCAGAACCUCCAGCCGUGGGCCGAGGACAGGGAAUAGGGACAGAUGAAAGAAAUCAAUCCGCUGGGACAUACUUCCAUUCAUGCUUCAUGGAGUAAAAUUGACUUGAAACUGAAGCAUGGGUCACAUCUAUUUAAACGGAGGAUUUGGUGAGUGCGGCGCACUCAGAAGACGAAACUAUGGAUUACUUUUGUUUUACUACGGUGGGUGGAAAUACCACAACUGUGGGAAACAGAUCUAAAUCAUACUUGCUGAAAAAAAAAAAAAUCUUGGAAACAUGUAACUGUCCUCUUAUGCUUGCACUUAUUCUGCUAAUUAGAAUAAGAGAGGAGAGAAAUGUCUUGUAUGCAGUUUGUUUAAGGGAUGUAAUUAAUUUUCCACAGUAAAAAGGAGAUUCUAUGUUCUGAGUCUGCAUUCUCUUAACAUGGCCAUUUGUUGGUGCACUGGUUCUACAAAAUACAUAGUGUCACAGAGGACACAAAAGCUGAUAUUGUUUUUCCUAUUUUUUUCUUUUUUUGUUUCGUUUUGGUGGUGCUUGUUCAUCUCCCAUUCAUAAAAAUCUUCCUAAUGCACUGUCACAUAAAAAGCAACAAUUGGACCAAACAAAAAAAGAUGCCAGAAAUAUUGCAUUUUGGGUGAGGAACGUUAUUUGAGUUGUAAUAACAUGAAAACAGGCUUCAGGAGAUAAGGAAAUCUCAGCCAUGCUGUAAGUUAAGGUAAUAAAGGGAGUGAUGCAUGCUAAGAGAUGUUGCUAGAGUCUUUUCAUAUUCACAUUAUUAUGUUUUUGAAUCGAGCCAGAAACUCUGUUUUGUACUUUUACUGUACAUGUGUAGAUAAUAUUAUAAACCGUUGUUGUGAUCUUUUGUUUUUUUAUUCAUGCUCCACUCUUGUGCACCAAAGUUUUUAAGUGUGUUAUUAUAAGGUAUAAAAGUGUGGGGGGGAAAUAUGUGGGAAGAAUGGUUAAAA